AUGACUCUCAAUGCCUCACACAACAACAUAACUGAGCUCAAUGAAAAAACCGCGAUCAAUUUGGUGUUAUUACAAGACAUCGACUUUUCAUACAAUCAAAUCGAAACAUUGACCGACCUGAGCAAUAUUUCAUCGCAAUUGGUGAUAGUGAAUUUUUCACACAACAAAAUCCAUUACGUCGAAGCAAAUGCAUUUCAAAAACUGAGCGAAUUGAAAUUAUUGGACUUGAGCUAUAAUUUUAUUCGAGUGAUGCCGGAUAAUGUUUUUCGGAAUAACACAAAAUUGAAAGAGUUAAACUUGGAAAAUAGCCAAAUCAAUCGACUCUGGUGCGUCGAAUGCUUCCAAAAUCUCAUUCAUCUCAAUGUUGCCCACAAUUUUAUUGCACAAACCAGAGCAUUGAUCGAACAACUUGGAACAAAAGUUGAAGUUUUGGAUUUAACCUCAAACUAUUUGCCAGUGGCUCACUUCAGUUUGUUUGAGAAAUGUCACAAUUUACAAAGUCUCAAUUUAAGCCAGACACAUUUACGCGAAAUUUAUACGGAUAGCCUGAGCACCGAAUGGAAUUUGCGCACUUUGGAUCUCUCUAACAAUUAUCUGAAGGAAAUUGACCUGAAAUCACGUGGAACGUUUAAAAAUGUAAUAUUUCUUUACUUGAAUGGAAACAAUUUGACAAGAUUAAACGGAAUGGACGUUGUAAAUGUGCCAAAGCUUGAACUAUUGAACAUCAGCAAUAACUCAAUUCCAUGCGAAGAUUUGAAGGAUUUUCUAAGAAGUAGACAGCAUUACACGUUCGCCGGUGAACCACGGGAUCAGAAAAAUGGCCACUGCAGAGUCUGCCUAAAUGAAGUGGAAUUUGGCGGAAAUAUCAUCCGAGAUGCAGAAGAUAUUAUUAAUUUGAAAUAA